AGUUAUGAAGCCGUUAUAAGAACCAUUGGCGGCCGACGCGCGACGAGUCACGCGCUAACCGUUCACUGCUCAGGUGUUGGGCUUGGGACUGUUGGUCGUCUGGCCGUAGACCGUUUAGUAGUCGUCACUCGUCACCGUCGAAACAGUGAUAUUACGUAGCCAGGUAGGUAGAUUAUGUCUGGAGCUGCAGUGUCCGAGCGUCAGCGACCCAAGGCCGUGUACGUGUUCAGCGGCAAGCGGAAAUGCGGAAAGGAUUACAUAACGGACGCCAUCCACAAAAGAAUUGGAUCAGAAAAAUGUGUGAUAAUUCGUCUUUCGGGUCCCAUAAAAAAGCACUGGGCCCAAACUAAAUCACUUAAAUUGGAUGAACUUCUCAGUGAUGGUGAAAUGAAGGAACAACACAGAAAGUCAAUGAUUGAAUGGAGUGAAAAUGUACGUUCAAAUGAUAAUGGUUAUUUUUGUCGUAUGGCAAUAGAUAUGUAUGAUCAAAACCAUUCUAAAGAUAUAUGGAUUGUGAGUGAUGCUAGAAGAAAGACUGAUAUCGCAUGGUUCAAAUCAAAUUAUGAUAAUUUAAAACUGAUUAGAAUCACUGCAGAUGAAUGUACAAGAAAAGAAAGAGGAUGGAACUUUAUACAGGGAGUAGACAAUGCAACAUCGGAAUGUGAUUUGGAUGACCAUUUAGAAUGGGACUGGGUUGUUGAAAACAACAAAUUUAAUGAUUGCAAUGAUUUUAUAAAUGAAAUUGUAAACCAUGUACUUACAGUUUGUUGAUAUUUAUUUUACAAACUUAUUUAGCUUCAAUAUGUUAUAAAUUAUACUAUAUAAUACGUACAUUCUAUACACUGAUUUAUACAUCUAUCAAGCU